AUGGACGAAGACGCCGAAAAUUUGCUAAGCAAAGGAUCCGAUCGUGCAGUGUUUUCCUCACUAAAAUUCGGUAGUGAUACUAAGGAUGAUAGCAAGGAUAGAACAAUCAACAUUGAACCAAAAUAUGCAAGUAAACUUAUAGGCAGAAUGUCGGAGGUGGAUCCAGCAGAACAUCGAAUAAGCUAUCGAGUUUAUCCACAGCGUUGGAUCGUUUUAGCAGUUGUUGCAUUAUUGAAUAAUUCAAAUACAGUGUCAUGGAUUGCAUUUGCUUCUAUUUCCAAUUAUGUCGAUGCUUUCUAUGGAAUGAACAAAGCAGCGAAUUGGUUUUCACUGGUUUUUAUAAUUUGUACAAUACCGGUAGGCUUUUUCGCUAUAUGGAUGAGUAGUUCGUUCGGGCUUCGAUUUGCCAUUCUCAUCGCAGCUUGGACAAACGGUAUUGGUGGUACUAUUCGUCUUAUCAGUUCAUUUUUGCCACUGCAUAUCCGCUUCCCCGUUGGGAUUUUUGGACAAGCAGUGGCUGCUUGUGCAUAUCCGUUUAUUAUGUUCCUUCCACCAAAAGUUGCGGGGUCAUGGUUUGAUGAAAAUCAAAGAGCUUUAGCAACAACCAUUGGAAUUAUGGCGAAUCCGUUGGGGGUGCUGAUGGCAAAUGUUCUUUCUCCCCAAAUAGUUUGGGCUCCAAAGGAUGUAUUAAAAGUAAACAUUCUAACUUUUGUACCUUCCUUGUUGGCUUGUUUCAUAGCAACUUUCUGCGUAACUCGGUCGGAACCACAAAUACCGCCAUCUCAAAGUGCUGCUCAACCACAGAUGCCUUUCUUUCCUGGAAUCAAACAAUGUUUUACCAAUAAAGCAUACAUAUUGCUUUUGAUAGUGAUGGGUGGCGGUAUUGGCAUGUUUAAUUGUCUAUAUACCAUCAUACAGCAGUUAUUUUGUGCAAGAGGAUAUUCAAAUUCGUUCUCCGGAUUUUGCGCUGCGUUGAUGAUCAUUGGUGGAGUUUUCGGAGCUACUUUUUCAGGCAUGUUUGUGGACCGAACCAAACUUUACGAAGAAACCAUGAAAGUGUGUAUGUCUUUUGCUGUCAUUUUUGGGGUUGCAUUUUUGCAGUUAUCUCUAUAUUCCGGUCUCGCUAUUUAUCUUACAAUCACGGCUUUUCUAUUCGGUGUUUUCGGACUUGCAUCAUAUCCAGUUGGUUUGGAAUUAGCCUCCGAGUGUACUUUUCCGGUGUCUGAAACAACCUCAUCAGGCUUUGUAGUACUUAGUGGUCAGAUACAAUCAAUAAUUUACGUAACCAUAACGACUUUACUUGCGCGACCAUUACAACAAUCAUAUAAAAAUAUUCAAGUUUGUACAAUUGAAGAUGAGACCAAUUCUGUUGUUGUACCACAUGAUAACUCAACCUCUGUUAUCGCAAUGUCGGUAAUAGCUGCCUUACUAGCCAUUGUGCUAGUUUUGUUUUUCAAACCAACUUAUAAACGCAUGGUACUGGAGAAAAAUAAUCCAUUAGUUACGAAUGGAAAAGGAAUAAGUGAAAAUCGUCAGCUAAACGAUUUGGAUGAAAUUAAAGACGAGUCUUUGAUACCGUUAGCAGCACAACAAAGUAAUACUUAA